CCCAAGAAAGAGAUUGAUCAGUUUACUAAUUUGAAGAGUAUAAAAAGAAGAGUCACACACACUCUGUAAAGAAACCUCAUUUUCAUUUCUUGUGCUAUUUGUUCUAUUUUGUCCUUAUUUCUUUGCUUUCAUUUCACACACAAAAGACAAGUAACGGAGCUUGCAAUGCGUGCAGAGUGUCACUAUUAAAUAAACAUAAACCCCCACUCUGCAUUUCGCAACAAUUCCAAUUCCUUUUCCCCUGUUAUUCACUUUCACGAGAUCUCUGUGCCACCACCGUCGCUAGUUACCAUCAUCAUCAUCAUCCCUUCUUCAAUGUCUCCCUCAACCUUCUUCUAACUCGCUAGCUAGCUCCACAGAUGAGUCAACUCGGUCUCAUAUUGCAGGAACCGCAGAGGGAGCAGAGAACCAUUCUGGGCUUGCUAAGGGAGCAAAUGGACGGCGUAGAUGGAGGCGCUCGGAGAAGGCGGAGCUUCAAGGAACGGUUAGGAUUCAUCGGCUUGGGUUGCUGUGGGGCCAAUUGGGGAUUGCGUUCAACCUCGGUAACCGUCAGGCCUGAAGAACAACCGCAACGCUCUCCGGAACCGUUGCCGGGGCACGACUGCGUGGGUCCGAGCUCGUCAGGAAUGAAUCUGGCGGCGGCGUUGGCGGCGGAACGACAGCUCCGGGGGCCACAGGGAGAACGGGAACGGGUUAUGGGCGGGGGUAGGGCGCCGGGGACACCAUGGAGGGUGUCGUUGAUGAGGCUGCUGGAGGAGACGGAGGUUGGGGACUCGGCGGCUGUGACGACGGAGAAAAGAGGAGGAGAAGAGGGGAAUGAUUCGGUGUGUUGCGUGUGCAUGGGAAGGAAUAAAGGUGCGGCGUUCAUACCAUGCGGGCACACUUUUUGCAGGGUGUGUUCCCGGGAGCUGUGGCUGAAUCGAGGGUCUUGCCCACUUUGCAAUCGUAGCAUCAUCGAGAUUCUUGACAUUUUCUAGAAAUGAAAUGAAAAAUUCUUGGAAUCAGAAUGAGUGUGGUCUUUGUCUUCCCUUUUUCCUCCCUCUAUUUCUAUGAAUGAGAGUAUGCAUGUAUUUGUUAACCCUCCAAAUUUUGUUACCUCUCCAAAUGUUUUUACUUUCUUUGUGUAUUGUAUAUAUAUGCUAUGAAAUAUUGAAAUGAUACAGAAUGUUUAU